GCCUCAAGAUCCACGGUAGGAUUUAUAUCACCGUCUUCACCGACUUUAAAACCUUUGGUUUCUCGUGUUCACACCAAACAAAAUGUCCCAUCAAAUGGAAGAUCGUCGCUCUCGGUUAGAAUGGUUUCCGCUCCUUCCAUCACUCCUAUGACGUCGCUUGAUUUCGAGACCUCCGUGUUCAAGAAAGAGAAAAUAACUCUUGCUGGCCACGACGAGUAUAUUGUUAGAGGAGGGAGAGACUUGUUUCCCUUGUUGCCUGAUGCUUUCAAGGGGAUUAAGCAGAUUGGAGUUAUUGGCUGGGGAUCCCAGGGGCCAGCCCAAGCACAGAAUUUGAGGGAUUCUCUUGCUGAUGCAAACUCUGACAUCGUAGUAAAGAUUGGGUUGAGGAAGGGCUCCCGCUCUUUUGCUGAAGCUCGUGCUGCGGGGUUCACUGAAGAGAGUGGAACAUUGGGAGACAUUUGGGAAACUAUUGCUGGCAGUGAUCUUGUCUUGUUAUUGAUUUCUGAUGCUGCUCAGGCAGAUAACUAUGAGAAGAUAUUCUCUCAUAUGAAACCAAACAGCAUCCUUGGCCUUUCCCAUGGUUUUCUUCUUGGACAUUUGCAAUCACUGGGGCUUGAUUUUCCUAAGAACAUAAGUGUUAUUGCUGUUUGUCCCAAGGGAAUGGGGCCUUCUGUUCGUAGGCUCUAUGUUCAGGGCAAAGAAAUAAAUGGUGCAGGAAUUAAUUCAAGUUUUGCUGUCCACCAGGAUGUUGAUGGUAGAGCUGCAGAUGUUGCCUUGGGAUGGUCUGUUGCUUUGGGCUCUCCUUUUACAUUUGCCACCACAUUGGAGCAGGAGUACAAGAGUGACAUUUUCGGGGAACGUGGCAUACUACUUGGCGCUGUCCAUGGGGUUGUGGAAUGCUUGUUCAGAAGGUACACUGAGAAUGGAAUGAAUGAAGAUGUGGCUUACAAGAAUACCGUUGAGAGCAUAACAGGAAUAAUAUCAAAAACUAUCUCAACAAAGGGCAUGUUGGCUGUUUAUAACUCAUUAUCCGAUGAGGGAAAAAGGGACUUUGAGACUGCAUACAGUGCAGCGUAUUAUCCCUGUAUGGACAUUCUAUAUGAGUGUUAUGAAGAUGUUGCUAGUGGUAGUGAGAUUCGAAGUGUUGUGUUGGCUGGGCGUCGAUUCUAUGAAAAGGAGGGCCUACCAGCUUUCCCAAUGGGUAAGAUAGAUCAAACGCGAAUGUGGAAAGUGGGUGAACGUGUUCGAGCAACACGACCUAAGGAUGACUUGGGUCCUUUAUAUCCUUUCACUGCUGGAGUAUUUGUAGCAUUGAUGAUGGCUCAGAUCGAGGUGUUGCGGAAGAAGGGACACUCGUACUCUGAAAUCAUAAAUGAGAGUUUGAUUGAAGCUGUGGAUUCACUAAAUCCAUUCAUGCAUGCCCGAGGUGUCUCAUUCAUGGUUGAUAAUUGUUCGACAACUGCUCGAUUAGGAUCAAGGAAGUGGGCACCUCGUUUUGAUUACAUCCUUACCCAGCAGGCCUUCGUCGCUGUGGAUGCAGGCAGUCCUCUCAACCAUGACCUUAUAAGCAACUUCAUGUCAGACCCCGUUCAUGGGGCUAUUGAAGUGUGUGCCAGGUUGAGACCAACUGUUGACAUUUCAGUGCCUCCAGAUGCAGAUUUUGUUCGCCCAGAAUUGCGCCAGUCUGGCAAUUAGAAAUGAAGAAAUUCAGCCUUACUGCUAUGCAUUUCAGUAAGAUAUGGAAGAGUGGAAGAUUUUGUAGGAGUGGAGUAGAAUGUGAUCUAGUAAAGCUCUGUCUUCCUGUCAGGAUAGUUGAUUCAGUAAUGUGUUUCUGUUGAGCGUUUGUAAGAACAUUAUAUUCCCCUGAAUUUGGAUGCUUUGUUUCCCCUACUCUUGUAAGAGUUAUCAGUCCCUAUUUCUAUCUUUGUGCUAUUUCCCCUGAA